AAAAACUUUCACUUAAAAGAGCCGGUUCAAAAAGCCGGCUCGUUCACAACGACACAUCACUAGUCAGCAGCAUCCGCAGCGUGUGAAGAAGAGGAGUAAAGAAGACAGCACUACAAAGGAGUAAUCAUGCCGAUGUUUGUUGUGAACACCAACGUGGCCAAAAGUGACGUACCGGCGGCUCUGCUGUCCGAGGCCACCGAGGAGCUGGCCAAAGCGAUGGGCAAACCUGCACAGUACAUCGCAGUGCAUAUCAACCCUGACCAAAUGAUGAUGUUUGGAGGAAAGGGAGACCCCUGCGCACUCUGCUCCAUCCACAGUAUUGGCAAGAUCGGCGGUGCUCAGAACAAGCAAUACGCUAAACUCCUGUGUGGACUGCUCAACAAACACCUGGGCGUCUCUCCUGACAGGAUUUACAUUAACUUUAUAGACAUGGAUGCAGCCAAUGUGGCCUGGAACAACACUACCUUUGGCUGAGAUGGAGGUCGACACACUGAAAUAGAAGAUCAUUCCAGUAUUUUUCUAUAUGUGCGAGCAUGGUUAAAUGCUCAAAGGAAAAAAAAAAUGAGGACGCAAAGACACCUGGUAAUGACUCUUAUAAGCACUUAUAGCUGGACCCUUUAGCUUUGCACUGAUCUUUUCCCAUUAAUAUGCAAUAAAGCAAACCCUGCAGAUCAUAAAUUAA